AUGGGCUGUGAGCGCCCGGCCUCAGCUUCGCACGACGACAUCGGAGACAGCCAGGGAGAGGCCCGCCCCGGUGCAGAGGCGAUGACCUGCGCCACCAGCGACGUUGCGGCGCGGGCAGACGCGGGCGUGGCGUCCCCGACAGCCACUCUCAGCUCACACAGACUCCUCGUGCCCGGAUUCGUGUCGAUGAGAGAGCUUGCGGCGAAAGAACGCACGGGCCUCGACGGCGGCAAGCCCAGUGCGCUGACGGAGGCCGACCUGGAGCAGAUCAGACGCAUCAGGGCCCUGAGCGCCGAGAACUCGACCCCGGCCGUCGUGGUUCCGGGGCUACUGUUGGGCGGAUCGGCGACCGCCUGCGACUGGGACUGCUUCCAGGAGCACGGCAUCACCCACGUCGUCAACGCGUGCCCGUCGCUGCCGAACUUCUUCCUCUGUCGCGGCAUUCACUACCACAGGGUCGAUAUCGAGGACGUCCCGGAGGCGGACCUCGCCGGGCAGCUCCCCGCAGCGCUGGACUUCAUCGAGUCGGCCCUGGCCGCGGGCGGCAUCGUCCUGGUGCACUGCCACGCCGGCGUAUCCCGCUCCGUCGCGGUCACGUCCGCGUACCUGAUCCUCAAGAAGGGUAUGACGUUCGAGCAGUCCAUGGAGACCAUCUGGAAGGUGCGGCAGCAGGCGCGGCCCAACAUGGGGUUCGCCCUCCACCUGCGCUCGCUGGAGAAGCACCAGCCCGGCAGCGACAAGGCGCCCCCGCGCCGCUCCUGGUCGCGGCGCUCCAAGGACCUCAGGAAGUGA